UUUCCCUUUUAGUCGCAGUGAGCAAAGACGUUUCCUGUUUAGUGAGUUGUCGAAGAAGUAACCUGAAAACAUGGCCGAGAACGAGUCCGGGGAUACUUCGGAGCGCUACGAGUUUGAUGCCCCGUCCCACGUCGUUGACUUCAAAGAACUAGUGAAUGCUGGAACCGACGACAAGUGGUUUGAAAUGCACGCUGCGGGAGAAAGUGAUCAUCUUAUCACACCUUCGAGACCGGACCAGCUGCCUCUGACAAGUGAUGAGCCUGAGCACGCGAUGUUGCCUCAAACAAACACUGACGGUGGCUCUGGUCCCAGCAUAUCGGCAUCUCCACCUGCAAACAUUGUGACGUCCUGGGGUGGUGAACGUCGCACAGAGAACGAUGUCCGUUCAAAGCAAAGGCCUGUUAAUAAAGUCCCUACACAGCCACGCAGAGUUUCAAAGCGUAAAGAGAUGACCAGUGGUCCAGCUGCACCACCAUCAAAGAAGUGCAAAGAGAGUGAGCAGCUGAUUUCCGGGCUGGGUCCCCGCAGGAGUGAGCGGCUAAAUUCAAAGAGAGAACAUCAGACCCACGCAGCAGCUUCCACCUCCACACUCACAGAGCCGAGCACCUCUGAGGAGCUGGAGCUGGAGCGCAUCAGGAACCUUCAGAAGGAAGUUGCUCUUCACCGGAAGAAGAAUGAGGCCAGCUACAAGGCUGCUCUAGCAGGGAAUCCACCACCAAAGAAGAUGUUCCUGUCUACAACUGUGCCCAAAGACUUCCACUUCAGUACAGAUACCCGUGUUAAGUCCUCCACUUCAUGCAACACGGAGAAGGAAGUGGACUUUGUCAGUCAGCUUCGUAAACCCUCCUCCCCAGCAAAGGCUCGGAAAGGUGCCACGGUGCCCAAACCUUUCAACCUGUCAGCAGGCAACAAGAGGAAGGCGGAAGAGGCGAGCGCUUAUGUGCCCAUGGCCCAGCAGAUCGAGCAGUUCCAGAAGCGAACCCCCACCCGCUACCAUAUGCACAGUCGUAGAAGUCAAGAGAGAGGACCCGCCACAGCAAAGGGGAACCACCUGAAGCUCACUCAGCCCCACUCCCCACACCUGAUGACUCGUCAGAGGAGCCGGCCGCCUACUGUUAAGUGCUCUGCUGAGCUGGAGGCUGAGGAGGCAGAAAAACUUGCAAACUUUAAAAUCAAGGCGCUGGAGCUGAACAGGAAGAUACUGGAGAGUGCAGAGGACCUAAAAAAGCCAGCAGUGAAGGAGCCCACCGUACCCGAAGGCUUCGAGCUGGAGAUUGAAAAAAGGCUCCAGGAGAGGCAGGCCACAAAGAAGCCCCAGGAGGAUGACGAAAAGCCCCAGAACUUUAAAGCCAAGCCUCUGCCCAAAAAGGUUCUGGAAGGAGUUGUGGGACUGCCAGAAAAGAAAGUUGCAAAUCCGACUGUUCCCGAGUCUCCUGCCUUUGCUCUCAAGAAGAGAGUUCGACUAGACCGCAAGGUCGAGGAGGUCAAGCAGCCGUCACCAGUUAAGGCCCCUCCAGUGCCUCACUUCGGCCUGCCCUUUCAGCCCCGGCUACCUGAGAACCACCGUGUGGAGGUCUGUCCUUUCUCCUUUGAGCAGAGGGAGCGUGAAAGAAAAGCCUUGAGAGAGAAAAAGUUGGAGGAAAAGCGAAACGAAGAGAUACCACAGUUUAAGGCCCAGCCGCUGCCUGACUUUGACAGUGUGGUCCUGCCAGAGAAGAAGAAGCUGGAGCCUACCAAGCCUGAGCCUUUUAGGCUGCUUCUGGAUGAACGGGGAGCUGUGAAGAACAGUCGCUGGGAGCAGAUGGUGAAAGAAGAACAGAAACAUCAAGGGGACGCAGCAGUAUUUAAAGCUCGGCCCAACACCGUCAUUCACAAGGAGCCUUUCAGGCCCAAGAAAGAGGCCCGGCCUGCAGUGGGCAAUAAUUCUUCCAUAGUUGUAGAGGCCUUUGAACUGGCAACAGAGCGGCGUGCCCGAGAGUGGCAGGAGUACGAGCGAGCGACCAGUGAGAAGGAGGUUCUGCGGGCGCACAUGGAGGCAGAGCAGAGACGAGAAGAAGAGCAGAGACAGAAGGAGGAGAUUGCCCGGCUGCGACAAGAGCAGGUGCACAAAGCUCAGCCCAUCAGACACUACAAACCUGUAGCUGUGAAGAAGAGCGAAGUUCCUCUUACAGUCCCGGAGUCUCCAAACUUCUCCGAUCGCUUCCGCUUGUGACCACUUUUGUUGUGAAAUGUAACGUUACCACAGAAGUCUCUGACCUGAAAUGUUGUUUUUACAUUGCUUUUAAAUUUUUCUUUUUUUUUCCAUGUUUAGCUUUGUAUUUUAACUGCCUGAUGUACACUUAUUAAUGUGACUGUUUUACAGAAUAAAAUGUCAUCUACACCCACCAGUAGUUAUUGGCCUGUUAACUGCUGAGUUUGUUCUGUCAGAUUGUUUGACAUCAGCACAAGGUCGCCCGUUUAUUUGCUAAAGAGCUCUUUUUGUGAUUGGCCAGAAACUGGAGUGCUAUACAAAUAAAAGAACUUGUGCAUCCGUGGGGAAGAAUUAUUACAAAGUUUAAUAUCUAAAUUUUAACACUUGGCAUCAGACUUCUCCUGAUUGGCUGGUUUCCUGAUGGUGCUCUUGGCUGAACCACCAAACCAGAGGCGCUGUUUCAUGAGACGAGCCCUCUCACUCAGCACUGCUGAGACUUUUAAUCAUUAUUAUUCUUAAAUAUGUUUAUACACAGAACUUGAUGGUUUUGGGUCAGAUCGUUCAGUGAGCCUGAACCUCACAAAUUUAAGCUCAUGAACAUCAGUUUCAAGAAUAAAAGUGAGCUGUGAUUCCAAUAUGAAACUUCUCAGUGUGGCUUUUAUCUAAUACAGUACAAAAAAGGCUUUGGAGUGUCUGAAUAAAGCUGCUUUAGCUACAGUAAAGAGAUAUUUGCUGAAGUAAAAUCAAGCAAAACAACUUAUUUUUACAAAUCAAAGGUAACCUGCCUGUAAUGAAGUUCAGCUGAAGACAUGACUUGUGUUACUACACAAGCUGCCAUCUGGAUGGCCCAACAAAACUAAUGGGUCCAAGCAUUUACAGGCUUCCUGACCCACGUUAGUUUUUGCAGCGUUACCUCUUUAAAACAACAAACAUAACUGAGAUCAAAGAAAUACAAAAGAAACCAAUUAAACAUCCAGCUGUCCGUCCAUCCAGCACCAUGAAUGCUGAAUGACACACAGCUUCUCCAGCAACAGAUGCUGCCAUUCUGUGAGGGGGAAGCUCUCGGUGAUUUCAGCACUGCAAGUAUUCUAAAGUCAAAAUGAACAUAUUAUAAAAUGUAUUUAAAAAAAACAGUCUUAGGCCUUUCAAACCUCAGU